GUCGCCGUGGAUACUGGCGGGGGGAGGGGUGUGGCUUAGAGGAAGCGGAAGUGUCAGAGCAGGCGGAAGUGGUUGAGCCCUGAAUAGCCGAGCAUUGAGAGGAGGACGCCUCCAUAAACCUUCAUCGUUCACAGCAGAACAUCGAGAACCCUAGUACCUUCGAAAUCCGCAAGAUGGAGAGGACUGAGCUGGUGCAGAAAGCCAAGCUUUCCGAGCAGGCAGAGCGCUAUGACGACAUGGCGUCCGCCAUGAAGAUGGUAACGGAGCAGAACAUAGACCUGACCAACGAGGAGCGCAACCUGCUCUCUGUGGCCUACAAGAAUGUGGUGGGAGCCCGCCGCUCAUCCUGGCGCGUCAUCUCCAGCAUCGAGCAGAAGAGCGAGGGCAAUGAAAAGAAGCAGCAGAUGGCCCACGACUACCGUGUGAAGAUCGAGUCUGAACUCCAAGAAAUCUGCCAUGACGUGCUGAAUCUGCUGGACAAAUUUCUGAUUGCCAACGCCAAGCUGGCAGAGAGCAAGGUGUUCUACCUCAAAAUGAAAGGAGACUACUACAGAUACCUCUCAGAGGUGGCGUCCGGCGACUCAAAGAAGGACACGGUGGAACAGUCCCAGAAGGCCUACCAGCAGGCCUUCGACAUCAGCAAGACUGACAUGCAGUCCACGCACCCCAUCCGACUCGGCCUGGCCCUCAACUUCUCCGUCUUCUACUACGAAAUCCUCAACUCACCAGAGCAGGCCUGCUCUCUGGCCAAGCAGGCGUUCGACGAGGCCAUCGCCGAACUUGACAGCUUGAACGAGGAGUCGUACAAAGACAGCACGCUGAUCAUGCAGCUACUACGGGACAACCUGACUCUGUGGACAUCAGAAAACCAGGGAGAUGAGGUGGAGGCGGGCGAAGGCGAGAACUAGAGCGCUCUCGGAGGUCCACUCCCCCCACUCCCAACCCAUUUAAACGCCCCCCACCCCACCCCCAUGCACACCAACGUUCAUUCCCUCUUCAAGCCUCUUUGCUCUCUUCUGUAUAAGCAGCAGCAUGAUUCGUACCCCCUACCCCCACCACCUCCACAUGGCACUCCAUGUCCGGCCCACCCACUAGAACCUUCUGGCCCGUCCUAUCUCACUAGGAGGUUUUUUUUUAAUUUUUAUUCCAAUUAAAUAAUUUGCUCAAUCUUUCCUCUUUCCAAUCCCCGCCCCCUCUAGCCCAGCGAUCUCCUCCUCCUUUCUGUCUCUUGGCUUCUUAGUCCCGCCCACUGGCUGCUUUUAUUCCACUUUAAUCCAAACAAGACAAAAGGUUAUUAAACUGUGUGUUUAUUUUCAACAAACACUUUGAUGCUGAUGAGUCUUUCCUCACUCGGGGUCACGCGGGGAGGGGGGGGGGCACGCCCGCUCUGCUGGUGGUUAUACAGAAGGGGGGCAGGGCGUCCCACGAGGUCGUAUCGUGACACUGACCAACGAGAGAGCGAUCAUUCCAGCGUUAUAUUAGUUUCCAUAGCGACCAGGACAUCACUCACCUCAUCACCGUACAACCAAUCAGAAGCUUUGAAAUGAAAACAUCCUGAAUGAGUUGAUCAACCUCAAAAAGCUAGAAAACGAUUUCCCUCCAAAGUUGCUCAGUGUCACCACGUUCUCCGUGGAGCAUCUGGACAUUCCACGCUGUAGUUGUCUUUUCCUUUGCUGGGGACAAAAGUCUUUUCAUGCACAGACGAGUUGAAAAAAUUCUUCCUGCCACGCCUUUCUUUCAUAUUAGCUAAUGAGCGCUGCUUGUUGGCUGCGUAAAGAGACAAAGGAUGAAUGUUGCAGCCAGCCUGUAUGUAUGUGUGUAUAUCUGCUCCUUCACUUUUCUUCUUACCAGUAUUCUUCUAAUUCAACAAAGUUUUACCAUAAAAAGUUUGCUUCUGUGACGGUUUUCCUGCUUAGCGCGCACGUGCUUGUGAACAUUUUGACUUCGCUGCAAUAAAAUGAGAAAAUGACAAAAAAAAGAUGCAUUCCCUCCCCCGCCCCCUCCCACCAGCCUGAUUAUUGAGCUAGCAGUAGAUUUGUGUGUCUUUUAAAAACUCUAGGUUCUACUUUACAUGUUACCAACAGGGCAAACUGUAAGACGAUUUAAAGUGAAAUAAAGGUUUUAUCAGUUCUGAAACACCA